GACAAGAGGCCAAAGGGUCCCCCCAAGGACGAAGCAGGCAGCAAGAACGUACAGCGCAGACUCACGCAGGAAAUUGCAACAGUGGCAGCACAGACAAAAAGGUUGUUCGACUAGAACCAGGACUACAAAAGGAGCAAGGAGAGAAGUUCAUAACGGAUGAUCGCGAAAAACAAGGCGCCCGACGUCCCCAAAUCAGCAAACGUUGAUAGGGGGACCAUCAGGGCAGUAAGACCGUUGAUCCUAGUUCGUUUCAGAAACAGACUCAAUGAGUGGCAGGUGGCCGCGGACGCAGUGUUCACAAUCCCCACCCUCGACGACGACAGAGCCCUGUCCAAGAGUAUCAGGGACAAUAUCUCAGCGGAGACCCCACAGGGGGUGUUUGGGAUCCUGCCACGGGAGCGGACAGCCGAAGGGAAGGCGCUGGAAGAAUCGAUCCUCACCCUUUUCGAUCCCAUCCUGGUCAAGCUCGACGAGAAAGCCAAAAUCUGCGAAGGCCUAACAUGGAGGGCUUGGGACACGAUCACGAUGCUGCCAUACAACGUGCUGAACGGAAGGUUCAUCACAACCGACAUCAUUGCAGACUCGCUGACCGACAUCAUCAGGACCCGCAUACUGACUUCCAAGACCUCGCUGCAGGACGAGGCGACCCCCAUCGACUUGGACUUGGGGAGGGAAGAAUCAAACAUGGAGGACGAUGAGGAAGACGGGAUGGAUGUGGGCGACAAGAUCUCCCCCGGGGGAGACGACGCCGGGCCUCGCGUGACGACGGAGAGCAGCGCUGGAGAGUAUAGCCUAGGCUCCUCAGCGACAAGUGAGGACAGCAGCCUCAGCAGGGACACUGACACCGACAGCAGCAAGACCCAGGCCGCAGUGGACUGAAUAACUUACCACCUGCAAAAAUAAAACCCCACCCCAAAA